AUGGGCAUCUCCAAUGAAACUGGCUGUUUUGAGCUGGACAGCCGGGAAACGAUCUCUUCGUUGAGUGGACAAGUGCUAAUCGCCGUCACCUUCACCAUCACCGCCCUUUUUGCUCUGGUCGGCAAUGUGCUGGUGAUUGUGGUGCAGCUCUUUGGGAAGCGAUCACCGCGCAACAUGCGCAAGUACCUCAUCAACCUCGCCAUCUCUGAUGUCUUACUCAGUUUCUGUGUGCCCUUCUCUUUCACCGAUGCCGUGUACCGUCGAUGGCUAUUUUAUCAUUUUCUUUGUCCCGCCACGCAAUGGCUCCAACUAGUCACCGUCUUUGUCACCGCCUUCACACUUUCGCUCAUUGGCGUUGAGCGGUACAUCGCCACGCUUCACCCACUCUGCGGUCUGCACAAGUGGCUGCAGUCGCACUGCAGUGCUUUAUUGGUCAUGACCUGGUUACUGGCCAUCGCUUAUGGGAUCACUCCGCUGAGACACACCACUACAAAAGAAUUCAUUUUCAAGGACGCUGUCUACGUGGAGUGCAGUAUGAGCGAAAACGACUGGGAGUGGAGCAUCGAGCCGCAGCUCUUUCACCUGGCCAACUUCAUCCUCACCUACGCCGGGCCCGUCCUCUUGCUCAGUUUCACCUACUCGCAGAUUAUACUCAAGUUUAUGCGCAUUCAGCGGCGAAAACGGGCCCAGCAGCGGUCACUGGAGGCACUGAAUGUAAUGUCUGUUUCUUCCAACAACAAGCAGACAAACGAAACGGCUGUGGCGGGUAAUUCUGGGGGAAAAUCACAGCAACAACAAAAGCAGCAGCAUCAGCAGCAAUAUCAGCAGCCGUCACAUCAGCAGCAACCGACAGUUCAGCUGAGUCGGCGGCGAAUAAGCGCAGGUAUUCAGUUGCGAAGAACACCUCGCGUUGAUAAUCGUGCUCUG